AUGAAUGAAAUUGAUAAAGCAGCACGUCUGAAGAUGUUUUCAGUUGCAUCAUCCUUUAUGUUCCUUAUGACCUUGAGUUACCUUAGGUGUUGCCUCAUGGAUGUGAUGAUUACAACCACAGGUAAAUGUGGAGCCAACUUGUGUAACCAUGGAAUAACACAAGCUACCUUCAUGAGCACCAGGCCUGUUUUCAAACUUAAAAAGAUUGGGAAGCAAGAUAGGAUCUCAAAGUUUGUGAAUGAAGUUGACCAGGGACUGCUUAGUGUCUUUGAGGUCAAAGUGACGGAUCCUUUGAAUAUCGAAGUAACUGUUUUAAGAACUGGAUAUGUAUUCAAUACUGCAAUUUGUGACGUUGCAAACAGGCAUAUUAGGAAAAUAAGAAUGUCGAAGUUAAGAACAAUCUUUGUUGUGGCUGUGAUCUUACUAGCACUGACAAUAUGUAACCAAAUGAUGCUGAGCAGGAAACAAAGACUGGUAGACUACAACUUGUCAAAAUGCAAUUUUACUCCAAGUCAGGCUAUGCAAGAAGAACGUACAAAUCCACCUAGAAUACAUGUACCAGCAGACUUUUACGAAAUUGGGUUUUCUGAUCCAAGCGAUGAACAUUUCGUUGAACACGUGAGGUUGAACUGGAUCCAUCCCCCAAGCGCAAACAUACCUAAAAUGAAAGAACCGAUUGACCACCAUUUUUCACAAGUGGGGCAGAGUAAAUACAUCGACAAUCUUCUAAAAGGAAAAACAAAUGGGUUUUUCAUAGAAUGCGGGGCUCAUAAUGGGAAAUCAUUAUCGAAUUCUUUAUAUUUUGAACGAUAUAGGAAUUGGACUGGAUUACUGGUAGAGCCCAAUAAAAAGGCAUUUCAAGAACUUUUGAAUCUUAAACGAAAAGCACAUGCCGCUAAUGUUUUACUCUGUCCAGAUAACACAACCAGGAAAAUCAACUUUGUUGAUUCCAAUUUUCUUUCUGGCAUGAAAGAACACGUUCAUCUUCGUUCUGACAGCAUUGCAAAAAGUAAAAAAUAUCCUGUCCAAUGUUUUACACUUUAUACACUCCUUUUAGCGGUAGGGGUUACAAGGGUGGAUUAUUUCAGUUUAGACGUAGAAGGAGCCGAGAUAUCCAUUUUAAAAACGAUUCCCUUUGAUAAAAUCUACAUUAAGUCUCUGACAGUUGAGUACAAGUUUAACGAUGGUCAUGCAAUAGACAAAGAAAAAUCGCAUAAGAAUUUAAAAGUGAUUCGUGAUUUUUUCGAGAAACUCGGCUUUUACAGAGAAGUAAAACUCAAUGGCCUUGAUGUAAUAUUUGAACGAAUUGAUUAA